AUGGGCAAUGGCGAAAGAGACUGCACAGCUCACCCUAAAGCGAUAUGCCAUCCAUUGACGUACUGCCACGUGCCAGGACAAGAUCCACCAGCCAACACUCCCUCCCGCUCUACAAUACCGACUCAGCUGCACUCCCGAGGCCAUCUCCUCUCUCUGCUCCCGUCUCCAUGGCAGCAGCCUCGGCCACGGCCGCCCUCCCCGGAGCCACGGGAAUGGGAGCGUCGGGUACUCCGCCCUCCAGAAGGCCGGGCGGUCGCUGUUCUGUGGGUCCCCGCCAUGGCCACGUACAACGCCAAGCUGAUCACCCCCGAAGGCGAGUUCAACAUCGUGUGCCCCGACGACAUGUACAUCCUGGACCAGGCGGAGGAGGAGGGCAUCAGCCUACCGUACUCUAGCCGCGCCGGCGAGAUCGUCCAAGGGCAGUUGGACCAGUCGGACGCCAGCUUCCUCGACGACGACCAGAUCACCGCAGGCUACGUGCUCACCUGCGCUGCCUACCCCAAGUCCGACCUCGUUAUCGAGACUCACAAGGAGGAGGAGCUCACCGGCUGAUUCAUGUCAUAAUGACAUUUAGUUAGGGAUCAAACUCUUUUGCGUCGUCGUAAGAUCGAUAAUCCAAAG